CUACAAGAUAGUAUUAAGAUGACUAUAUAUAAUGGAGAAGAAGUUUUUGUUAAAGGUGGCCUAGAAGUGGUUACUGCUAAUUUGCCACAGGGAGAUGACCUCUGUGGGGUUAAACAGCAUAGAGCCAACCAUAUGCAAUUCUCUGAAAUUCAAUUUCAGAAAAAUUUAACAAAUCAAAUGAGAGUUGCUAAAAGAAAAGUAAAAAGACUAAUAGAAUAUAUACUAGCUCUUUUUAAUGAAGAAAAAACUAAUGCAUUUGUAAAAAUUGAGAAAUUAUUAAAAUUACCAAAGUUUUGGUCAAAAUUACCGAAUCCUAUUACUCACCAGAAAAGUUUCAUGAUGUCAGACUUGUUUCACUUUGCUAUGUUAAUACCACAUAUUCUGAGUCACUUCCUAAGAAUUCAACAAAUUAAAGACGUUAACAUGGCUUGUAGUAUCAAAGAGUCUAUGCAUAGAUUAUUCAAAAAUUUUGUACCAUAUACAAACAAAAAGAAUAUUGAUCUUGAUCUUUUAAAACAUUAUAAUAUGCUUCAGGCAUUACAUUUCUGGCUUGAUGAAUCACCUGAUAUAAUUAAUGAUACAAAAGAUGAAGUGAAUAGUAAUUUCAAUCAAUUAGAUGCGAUUUAUUGCAAUGAUAAUCAUUUUAUAAAAAUUCGUACUCGAAAGCCUUGGAAUCUAUAUAAAGCUUAUUGUAAAAAAUUUGGAAUGCUUGCUACUUUAAAUAUGUAUAAGGUUUCGUUUUUUGAGCAUAUUAGUUAUAUUGUUGUGAAGGACAAUAAUGAGUUUUUAACAGAGGAUAAUAAAGCCAAUUGUUACAUUAAGGUUCGAGUUGGGGAUGUAGUAGAAUUAAAAGAGAUUAGCGAUUCUGACAGUAUCAUAUUUGCAUUGGUUAAG